CCCAAUUUAUCCCCAGCGUUCUAAAAUCUUCCUAGGGUUUUUCAUCAUCAACAGCUCCUCAAGAUAUUUUAUUUAAUUGGUGGGUAAUUUGAAAAAUGGCUGGAAAUGGAACAAAGCCUUCACCUUUGAGAAAGGCUAAAUUUUUUUAGGCAAACAUGAGGAUUUUGGUAAUCGGUGGUGCUGGCUUCAUCGGGUCCCACCUCGUCGACAAGCUUAUGCAGAAUGAGAAGAAUGAGGUGAUUGUUGUGGAUAACUAUUUCACUGGGUCAAAGGAUAACCUCAAGCAGUGGAUUGGCCAUCCAAGAUUUGAGCUUAUUCGUCAUGACGUCACUGAGAGAUUACUGGUUGAAGUUGAUCAAAUUUACCAUCAACUUCAGAGGUUUAUGGAGAUCCUCUUGUGCACCCUCAGGACGAGAGUUAUUGGGGGAACGUUAAUCCAAUUGGAGUGAGGAGUUGCUAUGAUGAGGGGAAGAGAGUGGCUGAGACUUUGAUGUUUGAUUAUCACAGGCAGCAUGGGAUAGAAAUCCGCAUUGCUAGAAUCUUCAACACGUACGGCCCGAGAAUGAACAUUGACGAUGGCCGUGUUGUUAGCAAUUUCAUCGCUCAAGCAAUUCGGAAUGAGCCCUUAACUGUCCAGUUGCCCAGAACACAAACCCGUAGCUUCUGCUAUGUUUCUGACAUGGUUGAUGGUCUCAUUUCGGCUCAUGGAGGGAGACAAUACAGGGCCGAUUAACAUUGGGAACCCAGGUGAAUUCACUAUGAAAGAACUCGCAUAGACUGUGAAAGAGAUGAUAAAUCCAGAAGUGAAGA